UUCAUUUUCAGCACCGUUUCUAGUGACUGGAUCCGAGUAGCAAUUGGAAACAAUGGAUUUGUAGAAGCAUCACACGAAUUACUUGGUGUAAAACUCAAGACUUCUAUCAUUUCAGUAGAUAGUUCAAAGUCAACAAGUGUUAAGUUUAGAAUUAUCAACAAACUUCAAUAUGAGCCAUUUUUGGAGGAAAACGAACGGAGAGUAUCGGACAUAAUUCAAAUUUAUCCAAAGGAGUUUGUGUUCGAACCUUCUGCUGAGCUUGUAUUAAGACUGCCGAACUGUGUGGCUCCAAAAUCUUGUGGUCAACUGGUUUGCCUUUAUUGCGGUAAUGUUUGGGUGAGACAUGGUAUAAAGCAUCUCAAAUGGAAACCUCUUGACUCGUUCUGCUUUCGUGUAAAUGCAGAGAGAACUGAAGCAAGAAUCAUAUGCAGGAAAAGCGGACUGUAUACGAUCAAAAUGACUCAGCAUCCCCAGACAACGAAAAAUCUGGAUCCAUACACUGACUGCGAGGUAGAACUAAAGGAAUACCCAGGAAUUCAAAUCAAGUUCCCCGCUGGUUGUGUGUCCCGAAAGACACCUGUCACAUUAGAAACAAUUUGCACAGAGGAGUUGUACAAUCUACCAAAACCUGUCCCAACUUCAUCUAAGUCACACAGCACGUGGAUUAUACCUCAGAAGUGUGAUCCAGGGGACCACGACGAAAGUAACUUAGUGGAUAUUACUUCCAGCCCAGUUGUUCUCGUUCGUCCGUCAAAGUUUCGUUUCACAAAGCCUAUUCAACUUACCCUACCCUUGUUGGGAGAUGGUUUUGAAGAUUUCUUUUCCAGGGAGAACGCGAGGAUAGCUGUUUUGCAGAGCAAAGUUUUGGAUGAGGAUAGGGUUUUAUGGAAACAUCAUUACAGCACACCCGAGGUUAGAUUCCCCUCUUUUAAACUCUCUUGUAGUUCAAGAAAUCAAAUAAGUGUUUUUUUGGUCUGAGUGCAUCGUAUUACUUUUGGUCAUUGCAACGUAAAACAGCUCUGCUAUGAUAGUCUUAGUUUUUGUGGAACUAAUCAGUUUUAUUGCUAGUUACAUUAAGUGACAGUUUAUGUAAGCCCCCUGGAUGUUUGCAAACUGGCAUAUCUGAUACAGAGCUUCAGAAGAGAAGUAUAUCUUCAAACUCGAUUUUCGUGAGGCAUAUCUCUGACGUAACUGAUAUAAGAGCUGAGGAGAUGAUUCACGAGACCCAAAAGCUUUCAUUAUCAUUUGAGGUAUUUCACAAAUUCAAGCUCAGCGUUGCCAGAGGUUUUGUUUGAAGAGACAAUAUCGAAGUGCACGCCUAUCCUUACCUGCAUUUAACUAGAGAGAUAAAUAGGGAAUUCAUAGAGUGAUUCGUACAAAAUUCAGUUUCAUCUACAUUUAUGUUAAUUGUAUCUCGCCCUUAGAAAGGUUAGAGGACCAUAUCGUGCUUCAUUAUAUUUAAGACUUGUAACGACAUAAUAGCGGUUUCUUUUUCUCAUCAUUAUUGUUGAUGCUUUUACGCGUAGAGGUAGUUUUAUUCAUUUCAAAUUUUACUCUUAAGAUUGAAACUGCUGCAAACGGUUUCAAGAUUGCUUCAUUUCUAAUCACAAGAGGGGGACUUUAUAAGCUUGUUCGACGAAUAUCCAACAACAACCCACGCUACGUUGAACAAAUAGCAGGCUGCAUUUCAAGAGAACUCCAUUAUUCCGACAAUGACAACAACAACUUCGUCACCACUUCUCUUCGAGGCCUUAUGACCGAGAUUGCAGAGCCUGGGAAACAGUUUGUCUUGAGAGUGGCUCUCUUUGACAAUUCUCAACCGAGAAAUCCCGACAAAUGCUUCAUUUCUGAGGUCUGCUCGCAGCCGCUGACCCUACCCCUUGGUAAGAUUCGAUUCCUUGUGCGAGGGAGCUUUGCACCUGACAGGGAUGCCACCGACCAUACCGAAGAGCGAAUUGUCAUGUUCACGGGAAAAACGACGUUUGUCGAUUUCUAUUUGAAAUUUAGGCUCAGUGAUCCCACAAAGCUUCCUGAUUCUAUCGGAAAGGUGUCAGUUCACGGAGCUGGAGAUGUGCAGUUCUUCAUCAACCUGCACAAACCAACACAGGUAUUCAUGACCAUCACGACCUCUUGA